CUAGCGCACGAGAUAACAACACGAAUUUUUUCCUGCUCUUGUUCUUCUACUCGUUGUCGUUGAUUUUUUUCACUUAUUCCCCCUACAACUCGUACAAAUUUUCAUUGAAAAUUAAAUCGGAAGCUUCCAUGUCUCGCUCGCGAUAAUAUUUCGGAUCAAACGAAAAUAUCGAUUCGUUCUAAAUUGUUGCGAAAUCAUUUCGUCGCGACCGCGAAUACGAACGAAAACGCGACAAACUUCGUAUUUAUGUAAAUAGCUAAUUAAUCGUUUGUUUAGUCGUAAAUUCUCUUCCAUCCGUAGGUCUGAAAUUAACGAAGAAAUAAUUCCUUUUUUAACGCUGAAAUCGAGAGAAUCGAAUCGCAUAACCCUAGAUUAAACAUCCGUGUCAAGUACGCGGUGCUAGAUAUACGGCACGGCUGAUGAAAAAAAAAGAGAGAGCCGAUAUUGUUGCGAUCGUGAAAGAGGUCGAUUAAUCGCGCCAGCGUUGGGCCAUGUCUUCUUCGACCCGAGCCUUCUUUUUCUGUAAACACGACGAGCAAAGGAAACGCCUAAGGUGAUUAGCGUCGCCAUAAUUUCUGGCAAAGUGGCAAAGUGGCUGGAAAACGGGGUUGGUUGGAUGGUGCACAAAGUGCACAGGAUGGAGGAGGAACCCCCUGACGAGGAUAAAAAGGUCGAGGCGACGAUGCAGACCGUGAUCGCGGCGCUAAACACGUCGGACGAUGUCUGCGACAGUGGAACACGUGUUUCCGGUCAGGAAGAGUUCACGUGCUCCCUCUACAUCUCGCGUGCCGUCGGCGUAGGCCCGCAAGGCCAAGUGCAAGGAACGCAAGGUGGCGAAUUGGUGCGCUCAAAUCUAGAAGAAGUGAUCCGUGCAUCCGAUCCUUUGGCAGCAUGGCACGUGUCUGAAACACCUUGCGGUCUCAUCGCAGCGUUCGCGCGCGAAGCAGAUGCCGAGAAGCUCCUACAACGGGGAGAUUUGGCGCGAGUUUUCGAUGGACCAGUACAAGUGGCCCGAUUCUCAGCGAAGGACUCUCGCUACAGGCAAGCUGUUCUCUUGCGCGACGUACCUUGGGCCAUUCCGUUGCAGGAUAUAAACUCUGCGUUGUCGAAGCAGGGAAUCGCGACCGGAAGCGUCGAACGCUGGCGACAAUACAUCCGUGUAGAGGUACUCGACGCUGGACAUUACGAGCUGCUGUUACGUCAAGGCUUGGACUUUUUCGGCGCGGCUCGGUUUGGCGUGAUUCCGGAACGCUGGUGCCGUGGAGCGACCGGAAGCGUCGGUGGAUCGCUGCAAGCUGGCCCAGGAAUGGUCGGUAAUCUCCUCGAGUCGACGAAUCUUCAGACAGGGGACGGGGUUCUCCAAUGCUACCGAUGCCAGGGCUUCUGGCACAUGGCUGCCAACUGCAGACACUUGCCACGCUGCGUUCGCUGUGGAGAACCGCACAGCGUCGAGUUUUGUCCCCGGCCUCGCAAUAAUCCCAUUUGCUGUCACUGUUUCGGCCCCCAUCACGCUGGGUAUCGUCAGUGCCCAGUUCGCCAGCAACUUUCAAAUGCAACGCCUAUUAGCAUCACAUUGAGUACGACUCGAAUCGGAAACCAGUAUCCGGUGAACGCUGCUUCGAAGCCGAGCCCAUCGUCUCACGAGCAGCAGCCUUUAAAGUCCAGUCAGUCUUGAAACGAACGAAAAUUCCGUUCCUGCGUCGCGUACGUCAACUUUUAUCGCGGAACUUCGACCUUACUUAUGUAAAAAUUGUUCGCGUUACAGUUAUUCAGCGUGUACACGCUAUCGUCGAGCGAUAAAGUUUCGAAUUGCAACGUUAAAAAUUCUAGAACGAACGAAGAAGACUUUCGAGAGCGCGAAUCGUUGUCGAAAUUUACUUAUUUCGGUCUUGCUUUAUCUUUGAAACGAUACAAAUUCGGGGCAAUAAAUUAUUAACUAUAUAUACAAUAGAAAAUAUUUUAAUUCGAACUCGUAUCAUUUAUAAACAUUUACUUCUUAGCAGUUUACCAAACAAUUUCAUAGAUAUAGUAGCUUAUUAUUUAUAAUACAAUACUUAUUCCUUGUGUCGUGUUUCGACUAUUUUCGUCGACACUCGUUACUAAAAGUUAUUAAAAGUUUCUAUUUUAUAAGCUAUAAGCUGUAAGCUCCUAUAAGCUCUGGUCUGGAAUAUAAUAUAUUAUAAACGAUGGGCCGCCUCGUGCAGGUGGCAGGUUGUUCACCCGCAAGGAUGGCUAAACGACAGGAUGGCGUACAGACCCGUUGGAUGAAAGUUAAAAUAUUAUAUUUAGUUUAUUUAUCAAAGUAGAACUGAUGUAAUUCAAGUCAUCUAUGAAAGUGGAAAGAAACACCGAAGAAGCAGAAGUCGCUCUCAAGUAGUCGUUCUCAAUUCUACUUGUCGACUUUUCUAACCUCGCGUUCGACUCCGCGAAUCAUAGGUUACCGACCUUCGCGUUAGGAUGAAAUUCAGACCCGUCGAAAUUUCUCUCUGUUACCAUCGAGACAAACAGAGGCAUUCCGGACGAGUUAACGAUGCGCGCGCUAGUCGCACAAUCCUCUACGCUUCGUCCCACUUUCUUCGUCCUAGUCUCCUGAAUGUGGGUCCCCCCGAUGUCGUGUCUCACAAUCAGUCUUGUACUCAUCUUCGCAGGAGUAAUACCAUGUAACGUCGUGAUAAAGUCAAAGCGAACGGUGGGGAUUCGCGAACCAGGUGUACCAUCCAAGUCGUAUAGCGUUCGAUAAGUUUCAAACGCAUUGAUACGGUGGGGAGCGAACGUCAUUCCCGCCACAUUCGACCACACGAGCCAUGGUGCUUUUCGGUGACUCAAGUUCAGACUACAGUUUCAGUCCAGUCGCUCUUUUGGGGGUCUCUCGAGUUACGUACGCGGUCUCGGUCUCGGUCUCGGUUCGAUAGGUGCGCGACGAUCAAGUUCCCAAGACGCCGGGUGUGCAUUAUAGAUGCACAAGCCGCAGCGUUCACAGGGACACCACGUAUGGACGCUUAAGGAAAAUAUUCGCUGCGUGGUUAUCGUUAACGCUUCCAAACACGUUUCGACAGUUUUGUGCGUUCGGUUGCCGCCUCGGGGAAAUAAACAAACAAACCAUCGAGAACAACCUUGGAUGGCCAAGUCCGGUUUCAGAACGAUCGAGCGAUCGGUGUUAUGGAGCAAAAUGUCUACGUUACCGUGGAAAGAAGUUUCGAAGGCGAUCAUGUUUUUCUAGCGACACAUUCGCGGCGUUAAUGGUUUUCUGAAUAAAUCAGAGGAGCAGAAGAAAUUCUUCGAGCGCAAUACAAG